AUGCUGAUCAAAAAGAUUGAAGCUACAGAGGCCUGUGAUUGGCUGCGAGCCGCCGGCUUCCCUCAGUACGUGCAGCUCUUCAGAGACUGCAGGUUUCCCAUCGACGUGGAGACGGCGAAAUGCGAUCACCGAUUUCUGGACGAGGAUUCUGUCAGUUCGCUCUGCAGGAGGUUAAUUACUCUCAACAAAUGCAUGGAAAUGAGGCUGGAGCUGUGGAGAUCCAAACAUAGGGGGGAUGACUGGGAUGAGGAAGACUUCUGUGCCAUCAGCCCCAACUGGACCUUUGACAGGCAGUCUCAACAGUGGCGACGCCUCGGCUGUAACGAUGAGGUCCUCCAUUUGUCUGCAAGCAUGGCCGGGCGUCAAGGUCAAGAUGUCGGCUGCACCCACAGCUCCAACAGCUCCGACAGCGAGGAGCACCACAUGGGUCACAGAGAACUGCCAGAGACCAGCAGGAGCUCCUCCCGCUGCUCCUCCACAAACAAGACCCUGUCCCUAGACACGUCAUUCAACGAACCUACGUCCCCCAGAGAAGGAUCGUCCUCCAUCAGCCUGGAAACUGAAGGCAGCUUCAUGGAAAAACCACCCAGGAGGAAGUGCACCACUCUGCUGAGGAAGAUGGAGAAGCUGAGACGGAGGGGGGACGCGCCCCGUGGGAUACGGCGUCACAUCAGUGGCCCGUUUCUGGUUCAUGAUGCAGAGAGGACGAACAGGAUGCGUUUGACGUCCAGUCCGCAGGCCCGGUCCAACAGCCGCUCGUCCUCGUCGAUGUCGUCUCCUCCCACCAUCAGCAGCGGCAGCAGCAGCCAAUCAGAGACCAGCAGCGCCAUCAGCACACCCAGCCCCAUCACCCGGGUCAGAAGUAACUGCAAACGCUCAAACAGUGGUGCGGGGGCAACCCGGACCAACAAGACCCCCUCAGAAACAGAGGACUUGAGGAACCAGAUCAACAGCAGCAGUAACAACCUGGUCUUCCAGGUCCCCCAUGGACACAAACCUGGGACCUUCCCCUCCUCCCUCGCCCACAAACACAUCCUGUCCCCCAUCAUCGACAGCGCCUCCGUCAACUGGAGGACAGGGAGCUACCAUGGUUGCCGGGGGCAACACGACUCUCGACAGGGCGUGUCUUCUCUCGCCGCCGGAGACCAGAGUACCGGGUCCUCGGGUCAACUGGCCGUGCCGGACCACCGGAUGAGUGUCUACGACAAUGUGCCCGAUGGCGUGCAGCUGUCAGAGUGCAAAGGCGGCAGUGACACGGAGCAAAUAGGGGAGGAGUCAGAGGUGGGUCGUCUGAUGGCGGGCGAGGACGUAUUCUCCGCCCUCGACGGUGUUCUGGAGCGAAUCAGCGACCUCCAACAGCUGGUCUCCUCUUGGUCUGAGAGCUUAUCAGAGGACGACCUUCAGAGAGGCUCCGCCUCCUCCCAGGACUCACCUGCACACGGCUCCCCCUCCCCCAGCCACAUCCACAUGGAGGUGCAGCAACCGGAGGAACCAGAGAACCAGAACACUGGAUCCCCUCGACCCCGGAGAAGGGUGAGCCCCCAGCCGUGGUGGUCCAGCGAGCAGACCCUGUCCCCCCCACCCCCCAGUCCAGGACUGGAGGUCCAGUCGGUCUCUCAGAUCCUCGUGCUGCAGAAGCUGUCUCUUCUGAAACUCACGGCUCUGAUGGACAAAUUCUCCCCGUCCAGCAAGCAGGGCUGGAGCUGGACGGUUCCAAAGACUCAGAGGAAGAGCAAGGCGCUCGAGGAGAAAGGCCGCCGGGUGUUUGGGGUUCCUCUACUGGUCACCAGUCAGCAGACUGGAGAACCACUGCCUCCCAGCAUCCUCAGAGCCCUGCGCUACCUGAGGACCGAGUGCUUGCACCAGGUGGGUCUUUUCCGUAAGUCCGGUGUGAAGUCUCGGAUCCAGUUCCUCCGUGAAAUGGUGGAGUCCGACCCGGACGGGGUUUCGUACGGGGGUCAGUCGGCCUUCGACGUGGCUGACAUGGUGAAGCAGUUCUUCAGGGACCUGCCUGAACCCGUCUUCACCAACAAACUCUGCGAGACGUUCCUCCACAUUUACCAAUAUCUUCCGAAGGAUCAGCAGCUGGUUGCAGCUCAGGCGGCCAUUUUGCUGCUUCCAGAGGAGAACCGAGCGGCGCUGCGGACGCUGCUGCUCUUCUUGCGGGACGUGACCCGUGUGGCCCAGAACCAGAUGACUCCCACCAACAUCGCCGUCUGCCUGGCGCCGUCUCUCUUCCACCUCAACGCCGUAAAGAGGGACGCCAAGUCGACCAGGUCCGGUCACAGGAAGUCCAGCCGGGCCCGUCCGGACCAGCGGGACCUCAGUGAGACCCUGGCUGCCACCCAGGGCCUGGCCAACAUGAUCAGCGAGGCUCAGAGACUCUUCCAGCUCCCAGAGUUCUGGCCCAGUCAGAGUCCAAACGGUGCAGGACCCACAGAAGAGGCGCGGUCCAGUCAGGAUGGAGGUGACGAGGACAGACGGAACCGGCUGCAGCUGAGCACCCAGCAGCUCCUGAAGGAGGCCCAGGAGGAGGACUGGGAAGACCACCUGGGUCCAGGGCCUGUGGAGCUGGCCUUUAAGAAGGUGAGCACACGAGGGGUGGACGGCUGUCCUCUGGGAACAUGGCGAGGCUCCGUGGACGUGGACGCUCCUCAGCAGGAGCUGCUCCUCCGGCUGCUGAGGGAGCAGCGUCUGUGGGAGGAGAACCUGCGGCACGCCGCCGUCCUCCACACCCUGUCCGAGGACACCGAGGUGUACCGCUGCGUCCUCCAGGGCCAGGGCUCGCAGCCCCCCCAGGACCACCUGCUGCUCAGAACCUGGCAGCCGAACCCGUCUUCUGGACCGCUGUACCUGUCCUCCGUAUCCACGGAGCACCCCGAGGUUCAGGUGGAGGGGGUCCGGGUUCACGUCCACGCCUGCCUCUACCUGCUGGAGCCCACAGGAACCACCAAGACCCGACUGACGCACCUCUGUAGAACCGAUUCCAGGGGUCGGUCUCAGGACUGGUACAGCAGAGUGAGUGGACACCUUCUGGCCUCCGGUCUGUUGGCGAUCAGAGAUUCCUUCAGAACCGACUCCAAAGAAACCAAAGUCUGAGAAGAAAAAACACCAACCAGAACUCUUCCAUGGAGGCCGAGAGGAACCAGAGGAGAAGGACCGGGUCACAGAGGGGAACCGGACCAGAACUUCAGAGGAGAAGGACCGGGCCACAGAGGGGAACCGGGCCACAGAGGGGAACCGGACCAGAACUUCAGAGGAGAGACCGGGUCACAGAAACUCUGAAAGAAGUCAAGUCAACUUUAUUUAUAGAGCACAUUUAAAACAGAACCUGUUAACAAAGUGCUCAACAACAACAACAACAACAACAACAAUCAAUGGGAGUAAAAUUAAAAAGAAACAGGAAGGACGUCGAGUCUGCGGCGAACGAAAGGAGCAGCUGAAAGAAAAACAGAACUUUACAAAAUGUCGCCGCUCUUUGAUGUAUAAUUACUGUGACGC